GUCUUUUGUGCUAUUCCUUUUGUUUUAGAAUCUUUGUCAAAGCCAGUUGCUUCGCGUAGCGGUAAAGCAUCUCAUGGCGAGCGAUUUCCAAUUUUGUAUUUUACCUUCUGAAGAUAAACAGGAAUUGGUAAGAAAAAUGUUUACCAUCGCGUGAUUUAGUUUACUGAAGUUGUUAUCAUAUUGUAACAAGGUUGAUGAGGCGAACAGACUCGCAACAAGUUGUUCCAACAAGUCUGAUAUCGUCUGCACGUAACAAGUUGUUAACAAGUUGAUGACAACAAGCUCGUAGCAACUUGUUACGAACAGCCUGUAUUAGUCUUGUUGGAACAACUUGUAGCAAGUCUGUUGCCGUCAUCAACCUUGUAAUAAGAUGAUAACAACUUGUUCCAGACUUGUCACAACAACUGGGAACAAGCAGUGCGAACACAUCCUGAUAUCGACUUCACAACAACCUUGUUACGACUUGUUUUCAGAUCUAUAACAACUUGCGCGUUUUUACCUGUGCACAAGGCAAUGUCAUAUUUUAAAAAUAUAAACGCUUUAAAUCUUUCAGGGGCCUCUCUCAGUGACAAUCGUUGAUAAACCAGGACCCCUGACAACAGCUUUAGCAAAAUUUCUACAAGAUAUGAAAUCCGAAGGGAAAAAGCAUGUCAUCAGUCCUGGGUAUUUAUUUACAGAAAUUUGUAAAAAGUAAGUGCGAAAAUGGUCGAUUAAAAAGUAGGUUUCAGAAAAGGUUAUCUCGCAGCGGUUAUAGUUCUGCUGCAGCGCUCGAAGUAGAGAAAAGAUAUGGCCUGCCAGUCUAAAAUUGUUUGGCAGGUGAAAGAAAUUUUUAGCCUGCUAUUUUUAUUCACUGAACCGCCAAAAUGGCGAUGUCUCAUAUGAGUCUCAUUGUAAAAAUCAAUGUGUUCAUGGUAUGCAUUUUUAUUAUUUUUAAACUUGUCCAUUUCGUGCUUGUGAUGUUACUCUGAGUGUAUAUCCACACCGGGCAAGCUUGAAAAAUAUGCCUGGCCACGGUGGGAAUCGAACCUACGACCUUUGGAGUACUAGCCCAAUGCUCUGCCAACUGAGCUACGCGGUCUGGUCGGUUCGAGUAUGUGUGAUAUUUCGGAACGGAAUCUAGUUCCUUCGAUACCAAUAUAAUCUAAUAAUCAUGAUUUUUUCUAUUUCACUACAAUAAAAUUGGAUUUACAUUUCAAAUAUAAACGUAUUUAGUCAACUAAAUGAUCUUAUGACUGGUAUAUAUGAGUUGUGGUAAGCAAAUGAAAUGAAUAUCUAUAGAAUUUUACCUGCCAAUUUUUUUCACUUGGCAGUUCAAAUUUGUUUUUGCCUGCCAUUGGCAGCCCGCUAUUUCGAGCCCUGUAGUUACCAGAUUGAGAGAUCUUGUAUUGUGUGCAGGUUACAAUACCCUUGAACUAUUAAUAGUUCAAUCUAGGAGAUGCCAAUGAAAACUAUUUAUUUUUCAGAGCUCCAAGGUUUAAAGGCUUCCGGCAACAAGACAGUCAAGAAUUACUACGAUAUCUUCUCGACUCUGUUCGUACGGAAGAAAUUAAGGUUUGCUUUCGUGAAAAACGUUAGGGGCGAAUCCAGCAUCAUCUGCAAGAACGGGUGCAGGUUUUCCAUGGGGUGGUGCAUGAGGGAGUCUUACUGCCCAUUCUCCUCUGCAGUCUGCAACGCUACUAUCCCAACAUUACCAUUAUUUGAGAUGGUCGAAUCUGCAUGUUCGCCGUUCUGUUACGUUUUACAUUAUCUUUUGUUUAUAAAGUUUAUAUCAGCUUUUUAUCACGUAUGCGUGACUGGACAGUUGCUGUAGCACAGUACAGUAAAUUUCCUUGUUAAAGUACAGUAUAUUUUGAAAAUAUAUGGCUGUAUAACAACCUCGACAUGCUUACAUACUUAACUAUGAUAUUUAACUGAAGCAUUCUGAGUAUUCUCUCGUGAGCUCACAAACUCAAUUAAAUUAUAAACACACACAGACAUAUACAAACGCGGAGGAAAGGUGAUAUAGUUUUUAUGGUCGUAAGUGUAUGGUUAAUUCCUUAAUCAAUGUUUGUCGAUGUUAUGUUUAGGGUGUGAAGCGAGCACUCUUGCUUUCGUUUGGUGUGAAGAACGCCGCAAAUAAGGAAGGAGUAAGCGCUGACAAGGUGGAUGAAGAUGUUCACGAAAAGUUACGAGGUGUAUGUCCUUAGAUUUUGUUCUUGAGAUUUGCAGGUAGUUUAUAGUUUAGGUUUCCUCCUGCAGUAACACUGGAUCAAUAAGAAGUGAUCCU